AAACACCCCAUACCUUUUCCCUUCCUACCCUUGGCCGCAGUCAAACCCUAAACCCUGGCGAGCCGCGGCUACGGUAUAGCCACCGCAACACCGCAUCUCAAGCGCAAGACCUCCUCGCGGCUAUGGCGAAGCGUCUGAUCCCGUCGCUGAACCGGGUUCUGGUGGAGAAGCUGCUGAAGCCCAGCAAGAGCGCCGGUGGCAUCCUCCUCCCGGAGACCACCAAGCAGCUGAACGCCGCUAAAGUCGUUGCUGUUGGCCCUGGUGAUCGUGAUAGGGAUGGCAAGCUGAUCCCUGUAUCUCUGAGCGAAGGCGACACUGUUCUGCUUCCGGAGUACGGUGGGACAGAAGUGAAGCUUGCAGAAAAAGAGUACCUUCUUUUCAGAGAGCACGACAUACUGGGGAAGCUGGAGGAGUAGCUCUGGUCUCUGGACCGUUAAAAUGGAGUUGUUUGAAAGUAGGUAUGCAAGAGUUUUGCCACGGCUUAUCUUUCUUUUUUUGUGUGCGGGGGAACAAAUGAGAAACCCAACCAUUGUGAGAAUUCAAUAACACUGCCUCAUUCUUGA